CAUAGCUAGAAAAACCCCACACAUGCCCUAUCCUAUCUUUUGUCUUCUUGUUAUCACUCGAAAAGCUUAACCAAACAGAUCUCCCCUCAAGUCCCAGUUCACCGAAAAAACCACCAUGGACAACAUCCAAGGCCAGGAGGCAUCACCCCUGGUAGUCAUUGUACCAUCUCCAGGGAUGGGUCAUCUAAUCCCAUUUGUUGAGUUGGCCAAAAAACUCGUUCACCAACACAACUUCUCUGUCACCUUCAUCAUACCAAACGAUGGGUCACCCAUGAAACCCCAUAGGCAACUCCUUCAAGCCCUACCCAAAGGAGUAUCCUCCGUCUUUCUCCCUCCAGUCAACUUCGAUGACCUCCCACCGGACGUUUUGAUGGAGACUCGCAUCACACUCAGCUUGACUCGGUCUCUUGAUGCUUUACGUGACUCUUUGAAGACUCUGACGGACUCAACUUGGGUUGUGGCUUUGGUUGUUGAUUUUUUUGGUCCUUUUGCCUUUGAAAUUGCCAAAGAGUUUGAUAUUUUGCCAUUUGUCUUCUUUCCGACAAAUGCUAUGCUGUUGUCUUUGUCCUUUCACUUGCCUAGGCUUGAUGAAACAUACUCCGGUGAGUAUAAAGAUAUGACCGAACCGGUCAGACUCCCUGGUUGUGUUCCGGUUCAAGGAAGAGAUCUUGUUGAUCCGGUUCAGGAUAGGAAAGAUGAUGCCUACAAAUGGAUCCUUCAUUUAUGUAAACUAUACAAUUCGGCUGCUGGGAUUAUGGUUAAUAGCUUCAUUGAUUUGGAACCGGGUGCUUUUAAGGCUUUGAUGGAGGAGAAUAAUAUUGGUAAGCCUCCAGUUUUCCCAGUUGGACCGCUAACACAGACCGGUUCAACCAGUGGUGAUGUGGGAGAAUCUGAGUGUUUGAAUUGGUUAGAUAAGCAGCCAAAGGGGUCAGUGCUGUUUGUCUCUUUUGGUAGCGGUGGGACUUUGUCUCAGGCUCAGUUAAAUGAACUGUCCUUGGGUUUGGAAAUGAGCGGCCAAAGAUUUCUUUGGGUUGUUAGGAGUCCACACGAUGAGGCUACCAAUGCCACUUACUUCGGCAUCCGAAGUUCUGAUGACCCUUUAGCCUUUUUGCCAGAAGGGUUCUUGGACAGGACCAAAGGGAUUGGUCUAGUGGUGCCUUCUUGGGCUCCUCAGAUUCAAGUCUUAAGCCAUAGUUCAACUGGAGGGUUCUUGACUCAUUGCGGGUGGAACUCAAUCUUGGAAAGUAUAGUUAACGGUGUGCCCUUAAUUGCAUGGCCGCUCUAUGCUGAACAAAGAAUGAAUUCAGUAUUGCUAGCAGAUGGUUUGAAGGUUGCAUUGAGGGUGAAAGUGAAUGAGAAUGGGCUGGUGAUGAAAGAAGAUAUUGUAAAUUAUGCAAGGAGCAUUUUUCAAGGAGAAGAAGGGAAAUCGAUAAAGAGCAAGAUGAAUGAACUAAAAAGUGCUGCCACAAGGGCUUUGAGCGAAGAUGGGUCAUCUACAAAGUCUCUAGCAGAGGUGGCCAGAAUCUGGAAGGACCAUAAAAAGUAAAAGCUAUGCAACCAAUCAUUUGCCCUGAGAUUUCCAGUUGCAAAAGCUAGAGGCGUAGUCAAGUGUUCGAGUAUUAAAAUCCUGUCAACGUGGUUUGCAUUUGCCAUGUCCUCAAGGAGAUUUGGGGCAGUUCAUAAUUAUGACAGGCACUAUGUUGGUUUGGGGAUUCUACGAUUUUAAUCCUAAAUUAUAUGUUUUUUGUCUAAA